AUGACGAGCGUUAAAGUUGCAAGGACACAAGAAAGAAAAAUCGAAGAAGAGCAGUCCACAGAGAGUGCGUGGACCCAGCUGCCGUUUCAAAUCCUAAUUGACAUCGUUAAGAACCUGAGCAACAGGGACAAGUUUAACGCGGCCAUGACGUGUAAGGCGUGGGUUCCAAUCUUAGACGUACCUGCCUUGUUUACCACGGGACAUUUCCUGUUACAGUCGGAUGACGACAAGAGGGCGCUGUUGUUUGCAAGGACACGAGGAAAAUGGCUACGUCACGUCUACGCUGAUUGUUCACAGAAACUCGAUGACACACCACAAAGUGGCCCCCGUACACCCCCGGGGACAGAGGUUGUGUACGAGUUUGUGGCCAGUCUGCUUCAGGGUAGAUGCAACAAACUUAGAACGAUCUCCCUGAAAAAUAUCGCGUACCUCAAGGAGUACUCUGGCGGGGUUGACUACUACACCAGGCCCGUGUCCGACCUGGUCAACAUAAUACGCUCCAUGCUGGAGGAGCAACAGGAGUUACGGGCACUGGAUCUGACCAAUGCCUGGCUAGGCUAUGACGAAGGCUGCCGUCUCUUGGAAGAGGCCAGCUCAACCUGUGCGAAAACUCUGCGCAGACUUGCCGUGGAUAGGUUUUUGGCAGUAACGUACAGCGACUCGGAUUUAAGUGAUUUUCAUUCAGCUCUAUUUUCGUUUAAAAAAUUGACUGAGCUGGAACUUGACUAUGAAUGUGUGAGCUGCGAGUUUUUGUAUGAUCUCAGGGAGGCGUCAAUCGGCGGCCUGCGACUUCGAGUUUUAAAGGUUCGGGCCACAUACACAGCUAAUGUCGUGCGCCCGAACUCGAGUGCGGCCUGGAAGAAGAUAGCAGCCGCCAUUCCAGAUCUCAAAGUGAUUUUUUUUAUCAAACCUAAAAGUCGCUCCGAGGAGUCCUACGAGGAUACCGUACCCAUGAUUGUUUUGACGCGAUCGAUGCCCCUGCACAGGUUACAUUGGAAUUCGGGACGUUUUAUCGCUGUCAAGAACAUAAUCAAAUGCUUCGAGUACAUCUCCUGUAACUUUAAGACCACUCUACAUCACCUCAAAUUGAUAUCAGAAGUUCGCCUAGACAAAGAAGCCAUUGGAGAACUUUUCCAGAGUGUUUUUGAAUUGAAGAAAAGUCGCAAAGUGUUAAACGUCAUAAAAAACAUGUGCAGAGCGUCACUUCCUAAAUCUAACAUGGUGGCUGUGAAAUCAGCAAGAAAAACUGAAAAACUUAAAUCCACAGAGAGUGCGUGGACCCAGCUGCCGUUUCAAAUCCUAAUUGACAUCUUUAAGAACCUCAGCAACAGGGACAAGUUUAACGCAGCCAUGACGUGUAAGGCGUGGGUUCCAAUCUUAGACGUACCUGCAUUGUUUACCACUGGACAUUUUCUGUUCCCGUUGGAUGACGACAAGAGGGCGCUGUUGUUUGCAAGGACACGAGGAAAAUGGCUACGUCACGUCUACGCCGACUGUUCACAGAAACUCGAUGACACUGACACGGAGCAUCGUGGCCCCCGUACACCCCCGGGGACAGAGGUUGUGUACGAGUUUGUGGCCAGUCUGCUUCAGGGUAGAUGCAUCAAACUUAGAACGAUCUCCCUGAAAAAUAUCGCGUACCUCAAGGACUACUCUGGCGGGGUUGAUUACUACACCAGGCCCGUGUCCGACCUGGUCAACAUAAUACGCUCCAUGCUGGAGGAGCAACAGGAGUUACGGGCACUGGAUCUGACCAAUGCCUGGCUAGGCUAUGACGAAGGCUGCCGUCUCUUGGAAGAGGCCAGCUCAACCUGCGCGAAAACUCUGCGCAGACUUGCCGUGGAUAGGUUUGUGGCAGUAACGUACAGCGACUCGGAUUUAAGUGAUUUUCAUUCAGCUCUAUUUUCGUUUAAAAAAUUGACUGAGCUGGAACUUGACUAUGAAUGUGUGAGCUGCGAGUUCUUGUAUGAUCUCAGGGAGGCGUCAAUCGGCGGCCUGCGACUUCGAGUUUUAAAGGUUCGGGCCACAUACACAGCUAAUGUCGUGCGCCCAAACUCGAGUGCGACCUGGAAGAAGAUAGCAGCCGCCAUUCCAGAUCUCAAAGUGAUUUUUUUUAUCAAACCUAAAAGUCGCUCCGAGGAGUCCUACGAGGAUACCGUACCCAUGAUUGUUUUGACGCGAUCGAUGCCCCUGCACAGGUUACUAUGGAAUUCGGGACGUUUUAUCGCUGUCAAGAACAUAAUCAAAUGCUUCGAGUACAUCUCCUGUAACUUUAAGACCACGCUCCAUCAGCUCAAAUUGACAUCAGAAGUUCGCCUAGACAAAGAAGCCAUUGGAGAACUUUUCCAAAGAUUACAGACGAGUGAGAGGCUCAAGAAGUUUGCUCUAGACUUGCCCUGUGAUUUAAAGACCGACCAACAGGAAUACAAAAAUGCUAUCUCGGAGGCCGUAAACAAUUACAGAGCAACAUAUGCGGUCACCUUAAACGGUCAGAAGUUAUCUGAAGCGAGGUAAACCGUCAUUCAAUUGCAGUCACAGUUUUGAGGUUGUAGGAGGCAUGGAUGCAUUCAUAGAGACAUCAAUGUGUAAACA